CGCCGGAAAAUGUAGUCCGAUGGGUCUUGCCGGCGGAGGCUGGACCGAGGCGCGCUCUCAGAGCACGACGGGAGUUGUAGUUGGGGGGCGUCCCGGGAAGGUUCCGGGUGACGCCUUCUGGUCCGGGGGCGGGCGGUCAUAGCGCUCCUUGGCUGAAAGGAGGAGGAACUGGCAACUGGGAGGAGGCUCUAGUGAGGCCUGGAAGGCUGCGCAGCUAGGUGGGGAGGGAAUUUGGAGUUGGGGGACAACCAAGUAGUGGGUCUGAUAUGCUGCUGGGGUCGUGACCGCUCUGGGACCGAGGCAGGACCUGGCCAGACCCAGCCUGGAGGCCUCGCCUUCGUGGGGCCUAAUUUCCAACGGCCGGGUAGGCCUCACGAGAAGCUCCUUUCCUUGCGGCUUUCCCGGGUUCCCGUCCUGAUUUUCUGUUCUGGAGAUGGCCUCCCCGAGCCCCCCGCCGGAGCCAAAGGGGUUGCUGACAUUUGAGGAUGUGGCUGUGUUUUUUACCCAGGAGGAGUGGGAUUAUCUGGAUCCAGCUCAGAGAAGCCUGUAUAAAGAUGUCAUGAUGGAGAAUUAUGGAAACCUGGUCUCACUGGAUGUUUUAAACAGAGAUAAGGAUGAGGAGCCAACUGUAAAACAAGAAAUUGAGGAAAUUGAGGAAGAAGUGGAACCACAGGGUGUAAUAGUUACAAGAAUCAAAAGUGAAAUUGAUCAAGAUCCCAUAGGUAGAGAAACCUUUGAACUUGUUGGUAGGUUAGAUAAACAGAGAGGAAUCUUCUUAUGGGAAAUACCAAGGGAAUCUUUGGCCCAGGAACAGAGAAUGUUCAGAGGAAACACUAACAUUAUCCGUAAGAGACCAAACCCAGAAGAGAAAUGCCAUAAAUGUGAAGAAUGUGGAAAGGGAUUUGUCCGCAAGGCCCAUUUCAUUCAACAUCAAAGGGUCCAUACUGGUGAGAAGCCUUUUCAGUGCAAUGAAUGUGGGAAAAGUUUUAGUCGCAGUUCGUUUGUUAUUGAACAUCAGAGAAUUCACACUGGGGAAAGGCCCUAUGAGUGUAAUUAUUGUGGAAAAACCUUUAGUGUGAGCUCAACCCUUAUUAGACAUCAGAGAAUCCACACUGGAGAGAGACCCUAUCAGUGUAAUCAGUGUAAACAGAGCUUCAGCCAGAGAAGGAGCCUUGUUAAACAUCAAAGGAUCCACACAGGUGAGAAACCCCAUAAAUGUAGUGACUGUGGGAAAGCCUUCAGUUGGAAAUCACACCUUAUUGAACAUCAGAGAACUCACACUGGUGAGAAACCCUAUCACUGUACCAAAUGUAAGAAAAGCUUUAGUCGAAAUUCAUUACUUGUUGAACAUCAGAGAAUUCACACUGGGGAAAGACCCCAUAAAUGUGGUGAAUGUGGAAAAGCUUUUAGAUUAAGUACAUACCUUAUACAACACCAAAAAAUCCACACUGGUGAGAAGCCUUUUCUUUGUAUUGAAUGUGGAAAAAGCUUCAGUCGGAGCUCAUUUCUUAUUGAACAUCAAAGGAUCCAUACAGGUGAAAGACCUUAUCAGUGCAAAGAGUGCGGGAAAAGCUUCAGUCAACUGUGCAACCUUACUCGUCAUCAGAGAAUUCACACAGGAGACAAACCCCAUAAAUGUGAGGAAUGUGGAAAAGCCUUUAGUAGAAGCUCAGGUCUUAUUCAGCAUCAGAGAAUCCACACCAGAGAGAAGACUUACUCAUACAAUGAAACUAAGGAAAGUUUUGAUCCAAAUUGCAGUCUUGUUAUACAGCAGGAAGUCUAUCCCAAGGAAAAAUCUUAUAAAUGUGAUGAAUGUGGGAAAACUUUUAGUGUCAGUGCUCAUCUUGUACAACAUCAAAGAAUACACACUGGUGAAAAGCCCUAUCUAUGUACUGUAUGUGGGAAAAGCUUCAGUCGGAGCUCAUUUCUUAUUGAACAUCAGAGAAUCCACACUGGUGAGAGACCUUAUCUAUGCAGACAGUGUGGCAAAAGCUUUAGUCAACUUUGUAACCUUAUUCGACAUCAGGGUGUUCACACAGGUAAUAAACCCCAUAAAUGUGAUGAAUGUGGGAAGGCCUUUAGCCGGAACUCAGGCCUUAUUCAGCAUCAGCGAAUACACACAGGAGAGAAACCUUACAAGUGUGAGAAGUGUGACAAAAGUUUUAGUCAACAGCGCAGCCUUGUCAACCAUCAGAAGAUCCACGCAGAGGUGAAAACCCAAGAAACCCAUGAAUGUGAUGCUUGUGGUGAAGCCUUCAAUUGCCGCAUAUCUCUGAUUCAGCAUCAAAAAUUGCACUCUACGUGGAUGCAAUAAAUGUCAAGAAAUGUUCGAGCGCAGUUUGACUUGAGACUAGCUACCCAAGUGCGGUUUCAGUAUGGCUCAACAUGAGUCAGGUUUAGUGAUAAAUUCUCCUUGGUGUCAGGCAAAUUGUUUCUGAAGAUUCUGUGAAUAGUGGACAACUGCCCACAGGCAGCUCAAGACUUCCAUUUCUCUUUGUUUUGAUGAUCAUAGAGAAAGACUCAGUAAUUUAUUUAAGCAUCCUUUAAAAAAAAAAAAUAAGCAUCCUUUUCUAACACAUCUUUCAGCAGAGAGGUCAAACCCAGGUUCAGAGCACUUGGUAUUGUAAUUAAAAAGGAGAGAAGGACAAAGUUGCAUUGGUACAAGGGAGCUGAAGGUAGAAAAGUAGCGUAAUUAUUCAAGAAAGUCCUCUGCCACCAUUAUAUGGUGGUUCUUUCAGUUCCAUGAUGUGUCUGGCUGUGCAUGCCAAAGCCUAGUAAUUAAGCAUAUGAUUACAUUUUCAAGGAAACAAAGCCCCAGGUGUUUUUUGGGUUUUUUUUUUUUCCUUUCUCUUUUUAACUGCUUCUCCAAAGUUUUGGUCAUUUCUUAAGAAAGCCAGUUUUUUGGCAUGUGAGUUAAAGAAGCAGUUCCAAUGCCUUGUGGUUCCCAGAUCUGUGAAAUGAGUGGACCAGUAAUUUUACACAUAAAGAUUAUGUGAGUAAUUAAGAAACCUAGCAAAGGUGUUACCAAGGAACCUUAGGGAGUGCCUUUUUUUAAGAUGGGCCCAACAAAGUGGAGGAAGACACUUCUUUAUGUGCCCUCCCAACUGUGAAACAUAAUUGUAGUCCUAUACAAAUAAUCUUACUCCUCCACUACCAGUAGCAUGCAAAAGUGUACAUAUUUUGAUUACCAAGAGUUGGAAAUAAAAAAUAUCUGGAGUCUAUGCUAGGAAGCUGAGAUAUUUUGGUAUUGCUUUGGUUUUUAUGGUAACUAGACUUUGCAUGCAAUUUUAAAAUCCUUAUUUCUGGUUCUAGGGUUUCCCUUAGUUAAUGGUUAUAUAAACCUACUAAUUCAUCUGUUCUAAUCAUUAAACCUGUUUUGUUUUUUG